GUACAUUGUCUCGUCCUCUCUUUUCUCUCUGAUCCGCCGUCCGGUUCCCUAUAAAUCUGUCCCGUCUUCUCAGUUCUUAAUAAUUAUAAAUUAUCAGUUACAAAUUCAUCUCUUUCUUCUGUUUUAGAUCCGUAACGUUCAGUUUUACCUAAUCCAGAUCGUAAGUGUGAGAUGGCGGCGCCAGCAGCAGGGGGACAGUGGUACAGAGGAAAAGUGAAAGCGGUUCCAUCAGGGGACAGUUUGGUAGUUACGGCCUUGUCUGCCCUCAAGGCUGGACCCCCACGUGAUAAAACCGUCACUUUAUCAUCUAUUAUUGCUCCUCGACAGGCCCGUAGAGGAGGUAUGGAUGAGCCAUUUGCUUGGGACAGCAGAGAAUUUUUGAGGAAGCUCUGCAUAGGAAAGGAGGUCACUUUUAGAGUGGAUUAUGCUGUAGCCAGUAUAGGCAGAGAAUUUGGCACCGUUAUCCUUGAUGAUAAGAAUGUUGCAAUGUUGGUUGUUGCCGAAGGCUGGGCAAAGGUCAAGGAGCAGGGCUCCCAGAAAGGUGAAGCAAGUCCUUUCCUUGCUGAAUUGCUACGUGUAGAAGAGCAAGCAAAGCAACAAGGUCUUGGCCGCUGGAGCAAGGUUCCAGGUGCCGCUGAGGCUGCGGUGAGGAAACUACCACCCUCUGCCAUUGGUGAUUCUGGUAAUUUUGAUGCAAUGGGUCUAUUAACUGCAAACAAGGGUAGGCCCAUGGAAUGUAUGGUUGAACAGGUUCGUGAUGGCAGCACUAUACUGGUCUACCUGCUUCCAGAAUUUCAGUUUGUCAAAGUCUUUGUUGCUGGAAUCCAGGCCCCGGCAGUUGGUCGGAAGCCUGCAGCUGUUAGUGAAGUAGAUACCACUUCUGAUGAGAUCAAUGGAGAUAUUUCAUCUGGAUCUCAAGGUCCUUUGAAUUCUGCUCAGAGACUUGCUGCCUCAGCAGGCACAACUACUGAUGAUCCAUAUGCGGUAGAUGCCAAACAUUUUACGGAGCUUCGUGUUUUGAACAGAGAGGUACGCAUUGUCCUGGAAGGUGUUGACAAAUUCAGUAAUUUGAUUGGCUCGGUGUAUUAUCCUGAUGGGGAAACGGCUAAGGACCUAGCAUUGGAGCUUGUGGAAAAUGGCUUAGCUAAAUAUGUUGAAUGGAGUGCGAAUUUGAUGGAAGAAGAUGCUAAGCGAAGACUAAAGAAUGCAGAGCUUCAAGCCAAGAAAAGCCGGUUGAGGAUCUGGACGAACUAUGUACCUCCAGCAACAAAUUCAAAAGCAAUUCAUGAUCAGAAUUUCACUGGGAAGGUUGUGGAGGUUGUCAGUGGGGACUGCAUCAUUGUGGCUGAUGAUUCUAUCCCAUAUGGUAGUCCAUUGGCAGAGCGACGAGUCAAUCUUUCAAGUAUUAGGUGUCCAAAAAUUGGCAAUCCACGUAGAGAUGAAAAGCCAGCUCCCUAUGCCAAGGAAGCAAGAGACUUUUUAAGAACACGACUCAUUGGCAAACAAGUUAAUGUUCAAAUGGAAUAUUCCAGGAAGGUCCCCAAUGCAGAUGCAACUAUGGCUUCAGAUGCAAGAAUAAUGGAUUUUGGAUCAGUUUUCCUCCAAUCUUCCGCUAAGGGUGAGGCUGAUGAUGCAUCUGCAGUGCCUUCAUCAAAUUCUGCCGGCCAGCCGGCUGGAAUUAAUGUUGCUGAGCUUGUGGUAUCACGCGGCUUUGGCAACAUAAUCAAGCAUCGAGAUUUUGAGGAAAGAUCAAAUUAUUAUGAUGCCCUUCUUGCUGCUGAGUCACGUGCUAGUUCUGGGAAGAAAGGGGUUCACUCUUCCAAGGAUCCUCCAGUCAUGCACAUAACAGACUUGACUACGGCAUCUGGCAAGAAAGCUAAAGAUUUCUUGCCAUUCCUCCAGAGGAGCAGGAGAAUUCCUGCCAUUGUUGAAUAUGUUCUUAGUGGUCAUCGAUUUAAGUUGUUGAUUCCCAAGGAAACGUGCAGCAUUGCCUUUUCAUUCUCUGGUGUUCGUUGCCCUGGUCGUGGUGAGCCCUACUCUGAUGAAGCAAUUGCACUAAUGAGACGCAAGAUUUUACAGAGAGAUGUGGAGAUUGAAGUGGAAACAGUUGAUAGAACUGGAACUUUCUUGGGAUCCUUGUGGGAGUCAAGGACCAAUAUAGCGGUGACACUUAUUGAAGCUGGCCUGGCAAAGCUGCAAACUUCUUUUGGCAGUGAUAGAAUUCCAGAUGCUCAUCUUCUUGAACAGGCUGAGCGAUCUGCAAAAUCUCAGAAACUGAAAAUUUGGGAGAAUUAUGUUGAAGGGGAGGAAGUGGCGUCCACCAACGGUUCAGCUGUUGAAAGCAAACAGAAAGAAGUACUGAAGGUAGUGGUUACAGAAGUUCUGGGUGGUGGUAAAUUUUAUGUCCAGCAAGUUGGGGAUCAGAAAGUUGCUUCAAUUCAGCAACAACUUGCUUCAUUGAAUCUUCAAGAAGCUCCUGUUAUUGGUGCUUUCAAUCCCAAGAAGGGUGACAUUGUCCUUGCUCAAUUUAGUGCAGAUAAUUCCUGGAAUCGAGCUAUGAUUGUCAAUGCACCUCGGGGAAAUGUUGAAUCUUCAAAUGACAAGUUUGAAGUGUUCUACAUUGAUUAUGGAAAUCAAGAGGUUGUUCCAUACAGUAACCUAAGGCCUAUUGAUCCUUCGUUAUCUGCGGCACCUGGUCUGGCUCAGCUAUGCAGCCUUGCUUACAUUAAGGUUCCUGGCUUGGAGGAUGAGUAUGGCCCUGAAGCUGCUGAAUUUUUGAGUGAGCACACAUUAAGCAGUUCAAAAGAAUUUAGAGCCAAAGUUGAGGAGAAGGAUACUUCUGGAGGAAAAGUUAAGGGACAGGGAACUGGGACAAUUCUUGUUGUAACUCUGGUUGCUGUGGAUGCUGAAAUCAGCAUAAAUGCUCUUAUGCUGCAGGAAGGACUUGCUAGGUUAGAGAGAAGGAAGAAAUGGGAGCCCAAGGAUAGACAGGCUGCCCUUGAAAAUUUGGAAAAGUUCCAGGAAGAAGCCAAGACUGGAAGGCUCGGGAUGUGGCAGUAUGGAGAUGUCCAGUCAGAUGAUGAGGACUCAGCACCUCCAGCUAGAAAGGCUGGUGGUCGACGAUGAUUAUAACUAGACCAGACCAGACCAGACCUCGGGUAAACUAAAGACAAAAAUCUACUAGUGGCCUAAAUCGAGUUUAAGUAUAGGUACGAAGGAACAGUGAAAUGAUGCGGAGUUAAAUUGCAGUCUAAACUUGCUUAAGUUUUGUCUUAACUUUAUUUUUUGUUUUAUUUAUUUUUAUUUUUUUGAAAUUUUCUUUUGUAGCUGAGGGUACAUUUUUUUUACACAUGACAUAAUAAGGUGAACUGAACUGAGUUUGUCCGGUCUCCAUUUGGGGAUUUUAUAAACAAUUUUUGUUUUGAG